AUGUUGGUCGACGAAAAUGGACGAAUUGCACCAAAUAUCGAACAGUUAACAUUUAUACCAGUACAUGAUUGUGGUAUCAAGUAUAAUCUUUAUCUAGUCUAUUCCGAUCGACCGAAACAUUCAUCAAAAAACUAUUCGGUUCAUAUCGAUGUAUUCGAUCGAUUGACAUUGAAUUACCAUGUCAGUUGGCAUCUGUCACUACCAUAUUCAUUUCUACCUGUCAAUCGUCUAGCUGCUCAAUUGAUCAUUCCCGAACAAGCAGAAAUCAAAGAUUGUCCAUUAGACUGUAGUCAUCAUGGUCGAUGUCGAAGUUAUGCUGAUAAGCGAACAUUGUUCUUCUGUGAAUGUGAUCCAGGUUAUUCGGACUUAGCCUGCAACGAAACACAUCAAUGUUCGUGUGCUAUUGACGCACGAUGUCAUGCAUCGUCAUUCUGUCUUUGUCCCUUGCAUCUUUUCGGUCGACAUUGUUUCUUAAAACAUACAAUUUGUCAAUCGAACAACAAUCCUUGUGAAAAUAACGGAUUCUGUAUAUCUGUCGAUGUACGUUUGGCAUUAUAUGAAUUCAUUUGCCUGUGCAAAGAAGGUUUUACAAGUUAG